CCUAUCAAUGCCAGUCAGUGCCACCUAUCAGUGCUGCCAGUCAUCAGUGCCGCCUAUCAGUGCUGCCUAUCAGUGCUCAUCAGUGAUGCCUGUCAAUGCCCAUCAGUGCCACCUACUAGUGCCUCCUCAUUAGUGCCCAUCAGUGCGACCUAUCAGUGCCCAUCAUUGCAGCCUCAUUACAUCAGUGAAGGAGAAAAAUCACUUACUUACAAAAUUUUAUAACA